AUGUGUAGAGUAUCUCAAAUUUCAAGGUGGCUUAAAACUAGGGUAUAUGAUUCGUCGCAGAAGUUAGGUGGACACCGGGUUAAAGGGCUUUGCUGCGGCUGGGCUAUCGAUGAAAUGCUAUUCGUAGGUGGGUAUCAAAUCUGCACCACUGCAAAAGAUCUUGAGAUCUUGACCGAUAGUGCAGCUUUUAGUAUCAGUGCGGGUAUCGUUCUUGAUAUUGCAGUCGCCCUCUACGUAAAGGUUGUCGUAUUCAAAUGUGGAUUUAGAGAGGAGAUAUGA